AUGGCUGACAUUCUAAAAGAUCUUGGUGGGGCAUUGAACAGCAUUUACUACUCAUUACCACAGCUGUUGCCACAGCCCAAAGAGAUUGAGAAGGUGAUUGUCAAAGAAGUAGCAAUGUUUAGAAUACCCCAAGGUUCUAGGACGUUCAUCCGUAUUGCAGGGUUGUCAGGGGCUCUUGCUGUGGCCCUCGGAGCUUAUGGUUCACAUGUGUUCCGCCAGAAGGAAAUAGAUGAAAGACUGAAAGAUACAUUUGAAAUAGCCAAUAAAUAUCAUCUUAUUCACACCUUGGCUCUGCUGGCGGUACCUUUUGCUAAGAAACCUGUUUUGACUGGCACACUGAUGACUGUUGGACUGUCCCUGUUCUGCGGAAGCUGUUACUAUCACGCACUCACAGCCAACACUGUAAUCAGAAAGGUCACACCGUAUGGAGGCUUCCUUCUGAUUUUUGCCUGGGCCUCCUUUGUUCUCUAA